AAUACGCAAUAUUUAAGAAUUUUGUAGACUUGGGGGUAAAAUUCAGAUCUUUUAUACGUCAUUCGAGGCAAUUAUAUCCCAAAUAAAUAACAAUAUUAGUGAUACAUUUGAUAAUCCUGAAAAAGAAACCGUUAUAAACUUCCAUGGUACCCGUAUUUGAACAUCCGAGUGCACAUUUGUCAUCUGUGUGUUGAACCACUCCCGUUUGCUCGGUUACCAAGAAUUCGCUCAGAUAAAUAGCUGCAAACAUGGCGGUCAACGUCUAUGCCACAAAUGUGACGAGCGAUAACCUCAGUCGACACGAUAUGUUGGCUUGGGUCAAUGACUGCCUCUCAUCCUCGUUCAGCAAGAUAGAAGAAUUAUGUACCGGAGCCGCCUACUGUCAGUUCAUGGAUAUGUUAUUCCCUGGCAGCGUACCUUUGAAACGAGUGAAGUUCAAAACUGUUCUGGAACACGAAUACAUACAGAAUUUCAAAAUACUCCAAGGAGGAUUCAAGAAAAUGAACGUUGACAAGAUUGUCCCUAUCGAUAGGCUUGUCAAAGGCAGAUUCCAAGACAACUUUGAGUUUCUACAAUGGUUCAAGAAAUUCUUUGACGCGAACUACUCGGGCACAGAACCUUAUGACGCCCUAUUAAUGAGGGGAAACGAAGCAAUGGGUGGUGGUGGAAGUACCGCACCUAGAGGGUCUGGUUUGAUAAAGCGUCAUACCCCUCGUGAAGCUCCGCCCAAGCCCAUUGGCCGAGCCGGUGAGGGACCUCCGUCUCCCCUUCAAGCGCCUACUUCGAAGCCAGUAGGCAAAGCUAUGCCCAAAGUCCAACGUCCAGCGCCAAAGCCAGCCGCUGUUGGUAGUCGCGGUGACUCUGGGAAAAUUGAAGAGCUUAGUGCACAGAUGAUGGAGCUCAAGAUAACUGUUGAUGGUUUGGAGAAGGAAAGAGAUUUCUACUUUGGUAAAUUACGAGAUAUUGAAGUUAUGUGUCAGGAUUGUGACAAUGGUGAGCCUCCGCAAAUUGUUCAGAAGAUCUUGGACGUUCUCUAUGCCACCGAGGAUAAUGGGAAUGGCCAGGAGGACGAAGAAGAGACCUAUUAGCAUCUCUUCUUGGUUAUGUUUCAUUUCCAUAGCAGGUCACUUACUUAAGGAUGGUUUUGCCCCGCCUGAAGAAGAGGAUGGUGAUGCGUUGGCACCUGGGGACGAGGAGGAAUACUAGCCUCGCUUGUAAGAUCAGAAUAUUACUAAGUGAAAUGCGUUUUUGUUUAUCUAGUUCACGAGCCAGUACCGCUACCUGUCACGUCAGUACACUACCCUGCAUAUUUUUUAAGCAUCAAGUUGUUUCAAUAUCACUUGAUAUUAAAUGUUUGUAUGUAUACUGCAUUUGAAUUAUCGUCAUAUGCAUUUUUUCAAACAAGUUUUGCUCGUAUGUUAAUAUGGAACUAUAAUCCACAAUCCAUUCACUCAAUCGCUCAGUCGCCCUUUGGAUGAACUUAAAUAAUCUUCUGUCAUUAGUUUCUUCUUAUUUCUAUAACUUGAAAACACCACAUGUUUUAACUUUUUUCUUUCAUCGUUGUUUUUUCUUUGAUUUUCCCCGAAUCAUUGAAGAUUAUGCUUUCACACUUUACAGUUCUGCAUUGAUAUCUUAAUGCCUUUAGUUCUAUGUAUACACAUAUGUACAUAUAUAUGUGUGUACAUAUGCAUAAUUGUAUUAUUCUGAAAACUAAAUUUCCAGCGACGUUGACAUAAAAAUCAUUGCAAAGCUAUGUUAUUGAAUGGACAAAGGAUUUUAAGCAAAUGAAAAAACAUGCGUAAAGCAAAGAGCAAAACGGUCGAAGGUUUGGAAGACAGCAAGCAAAACAGCAAAUCGAUACUCGAUUCACGUGGAUUAUUAUUUCAUGAAAGAGACUAAGAUCUUUACCGAAACUCUUCUGUCUCGUUGUUUGACAUUGGAUACAGUCAAUUUUUUAUCAAUUCGCCUACAGUAAACUAAAUUAAUGUGUACGACCCAAACUUGAUUCUAUUUUCAUUCACCUUUGAACAAAUUCGUAAUUUUCAACAAAAGAAAUCAUUGUAAUUGUUUUAGCCUUGCGUCAGUUUUUCUUUGUUACUAUAUCGUUAUCGUUUUUUGGACAAGAUGGAUCUAUAAAAAACUUCAUUUGGUUGGAAAUAUAGAGAUUUUAUAAUUAGCUCCAACUUGUCCUAUAACGGUCUCAGUUGACUAUUUUUAACACGUAGGUUCACACGUCAAUGUGCAACAGUUUACCCCAGUACGUGGUUCUGUGAGAAAAAAAAAUAUAAUUAAAAAAAUUUUCACACCUUUUUAUUAAUUCGCGUUUCUUCAAUUGAACAUUUUAGCUUCUAAUAUUAAACACAGUGUGUAAAAAACAAUUGAAACAUUUUUUGAGCGACUUUCAAUUUGAUCGUAUGAUUUGAUCUGAGUAUUUAGCAAUGAAUCAGGUCUCAUAACAGGGGCACUCAGAACUUAGUCUCUGUAUCAAAGUGCCAUCAAGCCUAAAAAUCGAGACGUUAAAAUACGGUGAUGUUUAUCAUCCGAUCUAGUUCAAUGUCAUCUAUAAGUUGUAACGCACUUUGAUGAUAGAGGACAUCGAAAUCGUAAAUAUAACAAAAAAACAAUAAAGGUUUAAGCUCAACAAAUGCAUGAGAAAUUGUCUUAUGCACAAAGAAAUAGGGAAAUGUAAUAAUAUCACGUUGCAAACAUUUCUAAUGUUUUAUAGAAUCAAUCAUUAUGUGCGGAGUUGAAUGGUUCUUUGAUCAUAGGAUUCUGAGAUAAUAUAAUUAUAUUACUAUCGUCUGAUUAGGGUUAAUUCUCUUUGAUAUUAAGUAUCCAUAAUUAAUUUUAACUCUGCGAGAAAUAUAUUGGCUUCAGCUAUAUUUCAUCGCAAUUUAUCAUUAUGAUAUUAGCGAAAUUAAUUCAAAAUUACAAUUUGAAAAUAUUCAAUGAAGUCAUGUUGGGUUGUGAACGCUUGUGUGGUUUAUAAUUGAAUAUUCAGCAUAAAUGUUCAUAUUUUUAAUACAUUCAUCAAAAUUACUUGUGUCGUGGUUUUAUAUUUUAUCCCUGUGCGUUAAUUCUGCUAAUAAAAUUCGUGCUGUGAUUCAAAUUGAAGAGAAAAAAUCGGGCCAAAUCAUUAGGUACAUGAUUUUUUUUUGUCAAAAAUGAUCAUAUUACUACUAUUACUAGACUUGAAAGGAGCUUACAAGAAUCUUGCAGCUUAAUGUUAAAAUUGAGUGGCAAUACAAUUAUGAAAGUGCGCUUUGCAAUUACAUUCGCACACGCCUGAAUAUCGCUAUCAACUAAUAAGAUAAUGGUACGCAUUUCUGUACCCAUCCAUAACUUGACCUCUGCAAUGAUUCAUAAUGAUGUUGGACAACCAACGUUAAAAGUAAAAUGAUGUUCAAAAAUUGGAACAAUAAAACCUGAAUAAAGUUUGUUGAAAUGUUGGA